CCGGUUGUAGCGAUGUUUACAACGCGGACGUCGGGCGGCUAAUGCUAGAUAUCUGGAGAUAAAUCUGCAUUCACGUCGUAUAUUCCCACCGCUCUGCUCAAAUGGCAUCUCCGAGCCCCGUGACCGUCCGGGCUCCGCCGGCAGCCGCCAGCUCGCCCCCUGUCCGGGGGAAGAAACGUCCCGCUAGCCCGGCGGUUUCUGCGGCUCAGCAGGUCACCGGAAGCUGCAUUAGCAAGAAGAAGAAAAGCCAGAUGACCGCUCCACCGACCACACAGCCGCAGAUUGCAGCAGUGGAGUCGGUGCCCGAGGUGAAGCCAGUGGGAACAGCUGACUGCGGUCCUACUACCAUCACAGAGUCCACAGCAAAGCCUCCACCGUUCAAAGACCCCGCGUUUAUGCAUUCUGGGAUCGGUGGAGCAGCAGCAGGUAAAAAGAACAGGACCUGGAAGAACCUCAAACAGAUCCUGGCUUUGGAGCGGACUUUACCCUGGAAGCUCAAUGAUCCCAGCUACUACAGCAUUGACGCCCUUCCCUCCUUGAAGCCAACUAAGAAAUACUCUGACAUCUCUGGACUCCCUGCAAACUACACAGACCCUCAGACAAAGCUGCGCUUCACAUCCUCUGAGGAGUUCUCUUACAUCCGCCUCCUCCCCACAGAUGUUGUUACUGGCUACCUUGCACUUCGUAAGGCAACGUGCAUCGUACCUUGACAGCCGAGCAAGGCGUGAAACCUGAAACCAGUUCCAACCAGAACUGAACUUGUGUCAGUGUAGGAAGCUGUUGGGCCAACCAGGGGGCUGAGAGCACAGGCAGCAUGUGGACAAGGCCCGAGUCAGAAUUGUUACUGCGUGACAAAAUAAAUGCGACAACUGUGAAACAAAA